GACAAUGUCUCGCCGACUGACCAUCUUCCCCAGUGGCGCUAUACUGAUGAAUCAACUUUGGCAUCUUUGCCGGACGAAGAUGUGCAAUGGCCCAGCUUGGCACACUCUCAGUUACUGGUAAAGACCGCACUUGGGCACAUCAAACCCGGGUUCCCUAUGGGCGAUUUUGACAAAUCAACUCUGAAGUGCAAGUACUUUGCCCUUUUUGCAGUGGGUCACGUGUACUCCGCGCCUCAUGGCUUAUCCAAUGUGUCAACAUUGCCUGGGACAUCUUAUUUCGCUCGAGCGAUGACUCUCCUUCAGAUAAUUCCCGAGAGGCCGAGCAUGGUUCACAUUGAGAGUUUACUACUUUUAGCGCUGUAUAUCAGACUGCGGGAGUCAAGUUGGCCAAAAUCACCGGUCACACGACACAGCGGAACUAUAGCCGGAAGAAGUCAACCGAAAGCAUUCUACAGCGUGAUCAAGCUUCUGAUCCAAUCAAAACAAUGGGUUCAAUCUCUCCCAGAGCACAUCAGCCUCCAUCCAGAUAAACCGAACUCGAAACACACUGUGCUUAUACAUCUUCAAUUCACUUAUUCUGCCAUUCUGGCAAUUCGGCCUGUUCUGCUCAACAUUCUCAUCGGCCACACAAAUAACAAUAUCAGCGACUUGAAUGAUGAUGCGCCGCCAGUUUCGGGUGCCUUGGGUGAGGCGUGUAUUCAUGCUGCCCGAUACUCUCUCAAACUGUCCUUGAUCAUAUCAAGUAUACUUCCUUUGGGAAAUUCAGCCGAUGUUGCAUCGGUAGAUAUCGCGAUGGGGAUGUUAAAAGUCCUUAGUACUCCCGACAACUUGGCAGCCAAGGAUCUUUAUGAAAAUCUCCAGCGGGUUCGUCUGUCUUUGAUCAAUAUCAGGCCAAAUCAAAGACGUCUGCUUUGA